UAAGAAACCCAUGAUUCCCUCCAAGUUUCAGACGCCUGUAUUGUGUUCUAUCACUUCUUGCAAAUCUUUGCAUCCCUUUCGCUGUCUUCCAAUGUCGUAGCCCCGCUUCAUUGAGGCCUGCGUGCCGGUCGAAUAUGGUCGUACCGUUCGGCAUCUCUAUCGGCGACUUCAUCGCUGUUGGAGCAUUAGCGCAUGACAUCGCAGUUGCCCUAAAUGACACUAGGGGUGCCGUAGCGGAAUACAGGUCCUUGAUCAAGCUUCUCGAAUCUCUUGUCACUUCUACUCAGCAAAUCACCAACUUUGUCUCCAGCUCAGCAGCCUGUGCUACGCUGAAGAUAGAUCAAGCUUUGGCAAAUGGCCUCUUGUUCCAUGUGCAAUGCUGCCGAAGGCUCAUGACACAAUUUUUGACUGACUCUCAAAAGUAUACACAGAGCAUGGUCAAUGGACAAGGAAGCAAAGCAAAAGGCAUAUUGAGGAAAUUGAAGUGGAAGCUUUAUAACUCUGAGGAUGCGCAGAAGCUUGAGCUUCGCCUUAGCUCCCAUCUUAACGCAUUUCAGACGUACUUGAUCGCAAUAAACAUUCAGUUCGAAGCUGAAUCUACGAAUCGGCUCGAAUCGAAAAUUCAUCAGAUCAGCUAUUCACUGAGUGAAAUCCACACUCUUGUAGCAAUCACACAACAAAACAAGCCUCGGGACUUGGGCUACCAGUGGGAAGCUGACCCCGCAUCAUCUCACAUCUAUCUCGAGGACAUUAUAGGGCGCACACUUAUAUUGCCUUUUACACUUUGUCGCAAUACGCAGACAUUUCAUGAUACUUUGAAAAUAAUCUUCGCGGACCAUCCAGGUUACCAAAAGGUUGUCAAACGAGAGUUUGAGAUCAUCGACCAAGAUGGUGACACAGUUUUCAAUGGGUCUACAUUGAGGGAGAGGUUUGACGGCCUUUCUUCUCCACCUCUUGGCAAGGUCCGACCAGGCGCUUGUUUGGAGAUGAAUAUCUUGAUAACUAUCAAGAAGAAAGCGCCAAGAGAUGCAAUGGUCAUGCCCCUCUCUAGAACUCAACCAUGUCUUAUUUGUGGGCUUCCCAGCACUGGUAUCGGUUUUAGGAAAUGUAGGAAUUGCGACACUACGUUUCGGCAAACCAUAAAGGAGCAUGCCGGCCCCAAUCUAGAGUUCCCAGAGAGGUGGCCCAGCAAGGUUUUCAAGCUAAAAGACGCACUUCAGUCAAAAGAAAGAUUAAUGAGAGAAGUUGACACGACAUCGACCGAGUCGGUUCUUGCGAGCAGCGAAUUAAUGGGCCUAUCUCUGGAUUCGGACUGGGAGCAGAGGCACUUUCGGCGUAUCCAUUACGUUAUAAAGUAUGAAGUUCCAAUUGCCUACAUGGCCAACCAUUUUUAUAACUCGAGAUUUCCUUUGAUACAAGCGGCAGGCCAAGGCCAUGCUCGCUGGGUCCAGGGCUUACUUUUGAACUACGACAUCGAUCCAAAUAUGCGAAGUUUCCAGGGUUGGACUGCUUUACAACAAGCGUGCUCCGCUACUACGGGUCGACCUGAGGCUGUAGCGAAGAUGCUUAUAAAGCAUGGUGCAGAAGUUAACGCUACACCUGGGGAUGGGUACGCCUUGACGGCGCUGCAAGCGGCUUGCAAGAUCGGUAAUGAAGAGCUCGUCGACAUUUUGCUGGAAUAUGACGCCGAUAUUCAUGCCACACCUGCCUCAUUCGGCGAGACCGCACUCACUGCUGCGUCGCGUGGUGGCCACAGAAUGAUAGUCGACCGGCUGUUAAAGUUGGGCGCCGAUGUCAACCAACAAGCGCCUCGUUCGUUGAACGCCUUGCAGGCCGCUGCCCAACGUGGUGACGUAGAGCUCGUUGAACGUCUUGUCCAAGAAGGGGCCGACGUAAUAAACCAGCCGGCUAGCAAAACUGAAGGUGCCACCGCCUUACAAAACGUGGCUGCUUUUGGUUCAACAGCCUUGAUGGAAGAGCUGAUAGAGAAAGGUGCUGAUGUCCAUGCUCCUGGUUCCGAAACCCGUGGUCUUACAGCACUCCAGGCUGCCGCCUCUCAGGCAGACUUGGCAAAGGUCAGGAUGUUGAUAGAGAAGUAUGGGGCAGAUUUGAAUGAGCCGAGAAGUGCAAGAGAAGGAUAUACAGCUUUAGAGGCUGCAUGCUGUAAAAUUGCUAAGGCUGCCUACCGAUCUCGACUAGGCUUAUUUGGAAAAGACCACGGUAGUGAGUCUAAUGGCCUUGAACUUAUCGAGUACGUCCUCGACUGCGGCGCGAGGAUAACGCCCUUCACACUCCACAUUGCUGCCGCCUGGGGCAAUCUCCCGAUGACUAGACUGCUCUUGCACCAUGGAGCUCGAAUUACAGAUCCUCCGGACAACCGCUUUAUCUUUGCUUCUUUUGGCGACGAUCGAGACGUCGGCCAAACCGCCCUCGAAACAGCGAAAUUGAACGAUAGGCAAGAGGUUGUGGAUUUGCUACAGGCCUGGCCUGCUGGUCCGGAAGACAUGUUAGUGGCUGCCUUGUGA